AGAGAGAGGAGUGGAUCCAGGCGCUCUCUACAGACCGGGCUGAUCAAAUAAUCAUUAUAGCGCGACCAUGAGAGCAGAAAUGUCAGAAUGAGCGUUAAUAACAUGCUGUAAAUUCGCCUGCUGUGGAAUUACACGGUUACAGUCUGAACACUGAAGUGAUUGUGAGUUUAUGUGAAUGUGUGUGCUUGUUUGUGUGAGUGUGUGUUGUUCAUCAUGGAUUUAGAGAACGUGACCAUGGAGAAUCAGCUUCACAGUGCGCAGAAGAACCUUAUGUUUCUGCAGCAGGACCACGCCAACACGUUAAAGGGCCUUCAUGCGGAAAUAAGCCGCCUACAACAGCACUGCACAGAGCUGAAUUAUGAGCUGACAGUCCGGAGUUCUGAUCCAAAUGACGAUGGCGAGGCUCGGUGCCUUGAGCUGCAGCGCCGCUGUGAGGAGUUAGAGGAGCAGCUAAAGGUGAAGGAGCAGGAGAACAGCGAGCUGCUGCGUGAGCUAGAGCAGAAGAACGCCAUGAUCUCAGUGCUGGAGAACACCAUCCGCGAGCGAGAGAAGAAAUACCUGGAUGAGCUGAAGCUGAAGAGCCAUCGCUUAGCUGUGCUGUCCGGAGAGCUGGAACAGAGAGCUGGCACAAUCGCCUUCCUCACUGCCCAGCUGCACGCCACCAAGAAACGCCUGCUGGAGGGUGGCGCCGCCUUCAGACCGUCCCCACCCACCGAGCCCCGACAGGCCUCACCCCGACAGGCCUCACCCACCGCCAGCCCUGGAAAGCAGCCGGACACGCCACGCAGACGCAUGCGUAAGAGCCUGUCGCAGCCGCUGCACUGCGAGUACACCGAGCUGUACAAAACGGGCGCAGCGGACGGGCGCAGACUGGUCUUGAGAGAUGCCACAGGUGGCAUGCCUGACCCCGGACCGUUCCUGCAGCCCAGAGAGACGCUCAGCGCACACGGCAGCUCUGAAGUGCAGAUGAUGGUACGGGAACGGCCCCCUGUUAUCCCACCCAUCGCACCGUCUGUGACGAGUCCCGCUCAGAGCCCAAGGCAGCAGCGAGGUUCUGCACACGUCGGGGUCGCACACAGGAUCCACCACCCACCUGCAGAAGUGGAGACGCUCGCCGUGGAUCAGGUUGGCAAGGAGAAGGUGGUGCGUGAAUCCUCCGGUACUGACCGAACUGUUUAACCCUCAUACACAUACACAGUAUCCAUACACUGAUUAAAGAAACACUGCAGCGUUUUUCAACUUAAUCACUGUCCACCACAUCUGCACCUUAUGUCUAAUCAACACUAACAAACAUGUUUCCCAAAACUGGGGCACACUCUUGUUAAAACAAAAAAGGUCCUUCCCCAUACUAUUGCCACAAAGUUGAUGGCAUAUCAUUUAUUUUUUAUCUCUGAUUUUAUUUACUCAUUUGCUACAAGGGUGUCCACAUAUUUUUGGUAAUUUACUGUAGAAUAUAGUAAAAUAUAUUGACAGUAGCACCAACUGUCCUCGCUCACAUCACCAACGACCAUGUCUAAGCACUGGCAGGCUAGGGUUGCCAGAUUUCAUCCAUACUUAACUUGACAUGACAGGAGGGGUCUUAAGUGCUUCGCUUCAUCAUUUAUACCAAACCUCUGUACUUUGUGGCCUAUUUUAUUUCAGUAUGUAAACAAUAACUGAGCAGUAGAAGCAAAUACCCUAAAAAAUUAUGGUAAUUACUUAAAUUCUCUUAAUUUGGUGGAUAGUUUUUUUAUAGGGCUGCUCCGGGGACAUCUUGUAUAAAUCAAAACAUUGAGUGGCCACGUUGUGUUCAUGCAUUGGAAUGAGAUCCUUCUGCAUUCCCAAGACGUAGUAAGGUGUGGGAACAAGAUAUGCAAAGAUGAUUCACUAUAUGGCCAAAAGAAUUGGGAGACCUGCCCAUAAGCUUGUUGGACAUCCCAUUUCAAACAACAAUAGUAUUAAAAUAGUGACUUCUGUGGGAUCCUUUCAGCUAUAACAACAGCCGCUCUUCUGAGAAGUGCCCAUUUAGUCAAAAUGAUGUUGGUCAUAAAAGCCUCAGUUGAUGUUCCAGUUUAUUUCAAAGCUGUUUAGUGGGGCUGAGGUCAGGGCUCUGUGCAGGCCACUGGAGACUCUGGUUGUAGCUUGGAGCAUCAGCUUAUAGUAAGUCAGGUUUACCUUUCUUGGACAGUCGUAUACAUUAAUCCCCGGAGAGCAAAUAUCUGUCUCUGUAUGCUUUGUGUGUUGCCACACCUUACCUUAGUUAUUUUGUUCCCAUGUAUUACUAAAUGGUGGCCAUGUGUUAUUUCUAUUUAAACGUAAUGUCACCAGCGGGGCUCAGUACAGGUUUCUCCAGGUCUAAGCUCUCUUUACAAAUGAAUUCUGGCUUCAUGAGACUUUGUGGACAAAGAUGAGGUUGGAAAACGCUGCCAAAUUUAUACCAAUGCAGUAUAAAAAUGCCUGAAUGAAAGUAUAAGGACACACAAGCAGUGGUAUAAAUGUUCACCAAUUUACAGAAUAACGUCUCACAUGCACAAACACACACAGUUCAUCAGUUAUCAUCCCAGUUAUCAGACUGGGAUACUAAUGUAGCUACACAAACUUCAAUACUGGACAACAAACACUGGAUGUCAAACACUGGAUGUCUUACACUGGCGUAACUGAAGAAGACGUCUGAGAUGUAAACAGGGACGAAGAUGAAUGAAUGUGCUGCUAGUUUACUAAACGUACGGAGGAAUCAUCAGCUACUGGAGAACCUCCUGCUUUUUAUGCAAGACUGCAGUGAACAAAGUCAAACCAAGAGGUUUUCAUCUGAUAGCUUUUUUUGGACUUCUGUUGGGAACACUUAAGCAUGCCAAAUGUUUUACUUUUCUCACCUCGUCACAAUAUUUCACAUGUUUUAAUUUGUGGAACGUCUCUGAUCACCCUCCUCUGUUUUUUUGGGGUUUUUUUCAAAAAGUGUGAAGUUAUUAUACACAGCCAAAUUUUGUGAUCAUAUAUAUUCAUGAGCACUGCAGUAGUAAUGCAGUUUUGCACCGUUCUUCUCUUUACUCUCUGUACAGGCCGCUCACAAAGCUGAGUAUUACUGUAGAUCCCUGCUGCUUCCAAACAUGUAUACUCAUAAAGUACGUUAUGACAAACA